CAAAGGAGAACUUAGAACUUAUCAACAUAUCUUUAUCAUGCCUCUCCAGGCAUUGCCCCACAGUCUUUCAAUGCUUUGAUUAUGAGUGCUCAUUCCUCUUACAGUUUUUAUAGUUUGCUAACACACAAAAAUAGGAACAUAUGACACAAUCACCACAACUUGUAACUCAUGUGCCAACUCUUUUAACCAAUUCUGCUGAACUAUAAACACAUUUUGCUGCUUUAGACACAAAUUUCAAUUGCGAGCCACACUUUCCUCAAAACACAACACACAAUUAUCUGCUUUAAACACAGAUUUCAAUUGGUAAACCACACAGUCUCCAAAACACUACACACAAUCCUCUUUAUUUUUAACACUUCAUCCAUGCCAAAAGCUCCUUGUUUUCAGACAGAACACAUUGUUAUUCAAUUAAUAAAACUUCAAUUUCCAAGGCUGUUGUGCAAUUUAUAAUCAAGGUUUUAGCAAUAUAAGGGACAUAGGUGAGCUCCUGGUUUGGAGAGCAAUGAACAACAUGGAAGCACAAGCAUUUCAGAGAGGCAGAGGAGUAAAGAGGAGGACGAGGAGGCGGACGAGGAGGAGGAAGAGGUGGAAGGAGAGCAGUAAUCACUGAUGAAAUUCGGGCCACAGUGGUCGACCAUGUCGUGAACCAUGGUUUGACCAUGCAGGAGGCAGGCCAGAGGGUGCAACCAAAUAUUAGCCGCUACUCCGUUGCAUCCAUCAUACGGACGUUCAGGAGAGAAAAUAGGUAAGAAAUACUAGGCCUACUAUGACAGAAAAACGGUUGUAUUUUUGUAUUUAAAGUAUUUUCCAUUGUUCUGUAUUUGUACAUUUUGCAGAACUGAAUGAUUACCCCGGCGUGGUGGGAGGGAGCGUACCUUCUCAGAUGCACAGGAAACAGCAAUAGUCAACAUGGUUGUGGCAAAUAACGCAUUAACCAUAAGACAAAUAAGGAAUACAAUAAUCAAUGACCAAGUCACAUUCCCCAACAUUCUCACAGUUGGCCAGGCUACAGUGGACCGUGUUCUGAGGCGGAACGCACUAAGAAUGAAGCAGAUAUACAGAGUGCCGUUCAACAGAAACUCUGACAGAGUCAAAGAUUUGCGCCAUGACAAUGUGCAAAGAGUUCUUGAGCUAGAGGCAGCUGAGGAGUCGAAUACAUUUAUUUAUAUUGAUGAGGCUGGUUUCAACCUCUCCAAAACAAGGCGCAGGGGCAGAAACAUCAUUGGACAACGCGCCAUUAUCAAUGUCCCUGGCCAGCGGGGAGGGAAUAUCACUCUGUGUGCUGCCAUAAACCACAACGGCAUCCUCCAUCACCACUCAAUCAUUGGCCCCUACAACACUGCCCGUCUCCUCAUAUUCCUGGACACACUCCACAACACACUUAUUCCACCCGACCAAAUAGUCCAUGCAGAGCAGCCCAGGUAUGUUGUUAUCUGGGACAAUGUAAGUUUCCACCGGGCUGCUCUGAUCCACAAUUGGUUCACCAACCACCCACGGUUUUUGGUGCUUCCCCUCCCACCAUACUCUCCAUUUUUCUAAACGCAAUAGAGGAGUUUUUUCUGCCUGGAGAUGGAAGGUAUACGAACGCAAUCCGCAGGCGCAGAUACCCCUGAUACAGGCCAUGGAGGAGGCAUGUGGCAAUAUAGCCCCUGAGGCCUUUCAGGGCUGGAUUCGCCACACCAGGCGUUACUCUCCCCGCUGUCUGGCCAGAGAGAACAUAGCCUGUGAUGUUGAUGAGGUCCUCUGGCCAGACAGGAUCCGAAGACAGGACGCAGCCUAAUUAUUUUGUCCUCCU